AUGGCCAUGGCCGUGAGUCUUGCUAUCAAAUCUUGGAUCGAAGGUGGCGUUAUCGCCGCUGUCAUCGUCCUCAACGUCGUCGUCGGGUUCUUCCAGGAGUUCAGCGCCGAAAAAACGAUGGACUCUCUGCGGUCUCUUAGCUCCCCUACUGCUACGGUCGUUCGAGAUGGCAAGACAGAAACUAUCCCCACUGGUGAUCUCGUGCCUGGUGACAAAGUCGAACUUAAGACUGGAGAUACCGUUCCUGCGGAUAUCCGAUUGGUCGAUGCUAUGAACUUCGAGACAGACGAGGCUCUCCUCACAGGAGAGUCGCUCCCAGUCUCAAAAGAGGCCAAGGCCAUCUUCGACGCUGAUACUGGCCCGGGUGACCGCCUCAACGUUGCAUACAGCUCAUCUACCGUUACCAAAGGCCGUGCAACUGGUAUCGUCUAUGCGACUGGUAUGAGAACGGAAAUUGGAUCUAUCGCAUUGGCGCUGCGGGCUACCGACAAGAAAACCGUGAACCCAGGCGCAGUAAAGAUGGCAAGGUCAAACCGCACAGAUACCUUGAAGCAUGGGGUUUGACUGCCGGCGAUUGUAUUGGCAAGUUCCUCGGCACGGCUGUUGGCACUCCACUUCAAAGGAAGCUGUCCAAACUGGCUAUCCUCCUUUUCGGCACCGCCGUUGUUUGCGCUAUCAUCGUCUUGGCUGCCAAUAACUUCUCGAACAACAACGAGGUCAUAAUUUACGCAGUCGCGACAGGCUUGUCUAUGAUUCCUGCAUCUUUGGUUGUGGUAUUAACAAUCACUAUGGCAGCUGGUACGAAGAGAAUGGUUUCCCGUAAUGUUGUAGUUCGCACGUUGGAUUCCCUCGAGGCACUCGGUGCUGUGACCGAUAUUUGCUCCGAUAAAACCGGUACACUCACCCAGGGCAAGAUGGUUACCAAGAAGGCUUGGGUUCCAGCUGUGGGCACUUACUCCGUUGGUACAUCCGAAAAUCCCGUCGACCCAUCGAUUGGUGAUAUCAGCCACAGCACUUUUGCCCCAUCCAAUGUUCCCCAGGGAGAGGGAGAGGGAGAGCAUGAGAAGGUUAAGCCACUUGCCGACCUCCUCGAAGAUAACACUCAC